AAGAUACUAACUAAUUAGCUAGGUUGCAGUACUAUGCCGAUUUGGGUCAUGACCUGAAAUGUGGUAUGUAGCCAGUGGUCCACUUGGUGUGCAAUAGAAUGCAUCACAGCUAACGAGUAUCUGCAAAGUAGCUAUCCUAUUUAUAAAGAUAAAUCGUAUUCAGAUCGAGUAAUGUUAGCAUAAGGUUUUGCUUUGUGAAUCUGACGUGGCACUGCGAUAGCGCCGACUCUGCUGACGUCUUGGUAUUUAAAACGCUCGCUGAAAUUACUUAUCUACUACUAUUGAUGUACAACAUGAAAACGAAUUGUUCUUUAGAUAUGUAAUGCAAAGUACACAUAAAACAGGGGAAGCCCAGCCAAUUGCUAUGAGCAGUGAGCUGAAUGUACCAAUGGGUUCCCCAGCACCAGGUGGUUCAGAAAGACUUCAGGAUGGUGGAGGAAUGGACUAUCGAGACUGGGUCCGCCGUAGCUAUCUUGAGCUAGUAACAUCCAAUCACCACUCAGUCCAGGCAUUGUCUUGGAGGAAACUCUAUCUCAGCAGGGCCAAGCUGAAAGCCUCAAGUCGCACAUCUGCAUUGCUCUCUGGUUUUGCCAUGGUGGCCAUGGUUGAAGUGCAGCUCGAGAUGGAGUACCAGUACCCACGUUUCCUGUUGAUUGCCUUCAGCGUGUGCACCACAGUGCUGGUCGCGGUGCACCUCUUCGCCUUGCUUAUCAGUACCUGCAUCUUGCCGAACGUGGAGGCCGUCAGCAACAUUCACAACCUUAAUUCGGUGAGUGAGUCGCCACACGAGCGCAUGCACUACUACAUUGAGAUGGCAUGGGGCUUUUCCACUGCCCUGGGCAUCCUGCUCUUCCUGGCUGAGGUGGUGCUGCUCUGCUGGAUCAAGUUCCUCCCUGUGGACGCGGGGGCUCCGCGCAAGGCAAACUGCACCACCACGGCCACCCCCCUUCCUGCGGGGCACAGCGGCAGGGAAGCAGCGCUGGCCUCCACCAUCAUCAUGGUGCCCGUGGGCAUCAUCUUUGUCAUCUUCACCAUCCACUUCUACCGGACCCUAGUGCGCCACAAGACGGAGCGCCACUGCCAGGAGAUCGAGGAACUGCACAAGAUCAAGGUGCAGCUGGAUGGCCACGAGAGAGGCCUGCAGGUGGUGUGAGGUCCACCUCCAUCUGAUUGGCUUCUCCACGACCCUGCUGUUGUUUUCAGUUUAUUUUUCCUCUCCAGCUCUCAGUCUGCCUCCACCUUUCUGGACCAGUUCAAGCAAUCCGUUCCCUGCGUGCAGUACAUCUUCUUCGAAUGCAAUCUGUUACAUGUGUGGAACCGUGCUGUCUGUCCACAUGAGUUUACCCAUGUUACUGUGUGUGGUCUUGGAGAACAAAAAUAUUCAUUAACUUAAUUUGAUGGAACGUUUACAUCAAGGGCUAUCUGAGCUUUAUUUCAGGUUCUUUAUAUUUUCUGCAGUUUUCUGAGUUGUGUGCCACCACUCUUUGCAUUCUUUUUUUUCAAAGCCUUCAGAUGCGGAUCUUCCUAAUGAUUUUCCCUAUUUGAACCCAAAGUCAGGGUAUGUGCUUUGGUAGAUUGUGCAUUAUACUGUAGUCAUGCCAUGUUUCAUUCACUGGCAAGGUACCUGUUGCAUUUUGACAUCCAGGAAGUGGUCUGGCAAAAAAAAAAAAAAAAAAAAAAAAGAAUAUGGAAAUUGUGGUCAUGUGAUGACCGAGGCUGUGUUUGAGAACACUGCCAAUGCAAUAUGCAAAUUAAACCUGUUGUUCAAGCAGGGAUAUAAGCUAAGUUAACUUUGUUAAAAGGUCAAAACUGAUUGCUCAUUCACUUGUUCAAUCUCGAGUCCCAUUCUUUGGAAUUCCACUGUGUUUGUCUCUGCACCACAGUUUGAAUGUCAGAUUUACUAAUCAUUUAUAUCAAAAUAUUUAUCUAUGUACUCAUUUUAUUAUUAUAUUUUUCCAAGAUACUCUGUUCCCUAAUAUGGAAUGCCAUAACGCCCCUCUGCACACCACUUUAGAUGGCAGCAAAAACGAAUGAAUAAUUCUUGGAUGGGCCUAUCCGGUGUUUAAUGUUUAAAUCUUUUCAAAUCGAUGUUAUAUAGUCUCAAAGCCUUACAUUAGAUGUUAUUUUUCAAAUGUUUUUGCUUUAUGCGUCAUCAAGCACAAACUUUCAGAAUGUUUCCGCAAAAGUUUAUUUAUAGAGUUUUCUCUUGCUCAGUGAAUGUUGGGGAGUAUGAAUAGUUGCAUUUGAACUGCUAUUCUGAUGACAGAAGCUUAGAAUAACCAGGGUCAAAUAUCAUUUGCGCCAUGACUUUUUAUGGAAGUAUUUGUUGUGGCUGAUAGUGAGAUGAUCAAAUACUCUAGAAAUGCAAAUUAAUCGUGAUUAGAUGUUGUAAAAAAAAAAACACGGUCAGUUUGUUGUAUUUACAUUUAAAUGACAUUAUGUUUGGGUAUGGUUGAAAAUGAGUCACCUCUGCCAGGUUAUUUAAGGAAGCUAACUGCUAAAUCAUAUCAAUGAAGCAGAGUGAAAGGAUUUGAAUAGGAAGAUAUGGGGAAGACAUUCCAAAUUUAUUUGACAAGCCAUUUGCCUACCUUUUAUAAGCCUAAGGUGAGAAAAUGUACAAGUGCACUUGUAGAGCAGUUGGAAAUAAGCAGUGUCCAAUGUGUCGUUCCAUGCUAUGCUCACGCUCCAUAAUAGGAAUGAUACAAUAACCAAAAUUAGUUAAUCGAAAAUGUUCUUAGCAACUUCUGUAGUGGGUUAUCUAUCUAUGCCUUUGUGAAACGAUUUCAGCUCUAUAAUAAUGUCAACACCACUUGGUGCACUUGUGCCCUCAAAGUGCCAAAAAGGUAACUGACCAAAUGAAAGGUGUAUAUACUGUGCUCAUGGAGGAAUUAACUUGCACUUUUCUUUGUGGAGGAAAAAUACUCGUCAGUUUGUGUCAAAGUUUUACUAUGCUGUAAUGUUCUGCCUUUUGUUUUUGAAUACUGAAUGCAACACAAGAAAGCAGUACUUUGCUGUGUGUAGGCUUAGUGUUUUCUGAGCAGUGUAUCUGUCAACUUAAUAAGGAAUUGUGAUACAGCAUGCCUUUUCCUGUAUUGUCUGCCACUGUCUGUUAAGUUAUGUUCAAUAAACACUGUAUUUUCUUUACUUUCAA